GCUGUCGGAACGACGCGGAGGACUUGCGCGCGGCUUCCGGGGCUUCGUAGCGUGCGAACGCCCCCGGAGUUGCGCAGCCGGGGGGUUACGGCGAUCCACUAUGAUGAAGGAGCUCCCGCGGCAGAUUUUGGAUCGCUGAAAAGGCUUGCCCCAAGAAAGAAAUGCCAGGGCGGGGCUGACGUAGUUCCGGCUUGUUUUUUGUUUCCGAGCUUGCCGAGGGUGGGGAGAGGCCGCCGGGGGCGGGCGUCGCUCGGGCAGAGAGGUAGCGCGAUGCUGCGACGACGUGAAUCGGAGGCGUGGGCGCCGAUGUGUUGUCUAAGCUUGCUAGCGCCGGCGCCUCGUCGAUGCUCAGUUGGCCGGGCGUAUUGCGCCGGGCACUCGUUUCGCACGUUGGCCCCCGACCACGCCGCGCGGAGACAGAAGCCCAGGCGGGCUGCCCAGGGCAAUUGGCGCGCUAUCUUGAAGCACUUCCGGGGCACGCCUUGCGUUGCGUUCGGCGACACUCUCCCAGUCGUUCAAACGUGGUGGCUCUCCAGUUGGUAGCCCACUUUAGUGCUUUCCUCGUGUAUGUGCUCCGCGGCGACUUGAUUGCGGAGACCCAGGGAGGCCGAGGCGGGUCGCGGAGACUUGCAGCCCAAAGACUCUGGCCGCGUGGCGGAUCGCUCGGCAAGGGGGCGAGCGCGUUGCCGGCGCGCCCUUGUCCGGUUGGGGCUGCCGCAUUCGGUUCGGGAGGUGAAGCGGCG